CAUGGUUGGCUGGCUUCGGUGCUUUUACCUCUACUGUCCUCUUCUCGUUUACCCAUGACUCAUCAUGGUCACGUGAUACUGAUAAUCCUUAGUUGGGACAAAAAUGGCCUAGUACGAAAGUAGAAAUGACGAUCCUGGCAACUCCCGAUCGACGCCUUAUUUUAAUCCGCAACUUGUGUCUAUGAGCAUCUGCAUACGAGCCUCUUUCACGGAAUGAUGCAUAGCAGCCCUCCAAGUGAUGUUUGUUAGUUUCGACGCAUUGAAAGUGCCAUCAUUUAUGGUGCGAUGCUCCAUAGCGCUCAAUGCUUGUCAGUAUUCGUCGAUCCCUUCCUACGUUCAAUAUGCGACAGAUCUCAACGUCACUAGCCAAGGUGCUUCGACCUGCCACUGCCACAACAGCGUCAGGGGCACCUACUCUCCUUCCGCCAGACACUACAGUCGACGAAGAGCACAUUCCCGACUACAAUCCCCAUCAUUUCUAUCCUGCAAAUCCCGGCGAUUUUUUUAACAACAGGUACAAAACCAUUGUGAAGCUUGGGUGGGGUAGCUGUUCUACCGUUUGGCUUGCUCAAGAUGUUAAUCGUAGGAUUUGGCAGUCGAAGCCCUAUGUGGCAUUAAAGAUCAACAACUGCGAUUUCGUUGACACCGAAGCUGCUCAGCAUGAGCUGCAAAUCUCGAAAAUUUUGGCUAAUACAAACCCACUGCACGAAGGUUUUCCAUAUGUGCGAACUCUACUCAAUAGCUUUGAAAUGAAGGGACCUCACGGUUUACAUACAUGCUUGGUUUAUGAGCCUAUGAGGGAACCACUUUGGUUGUUCCAGAAGCGCUGCAGAAAUGGGAAGCUGUCUUUAGACCUGAUCAAAGUAUAUUUGACUUUUCUUCUGCGGGGACUCGAUUAUCUUCACUCUGAGUGUCACAUUGUCCAUACAGAUCUCAAAUCAGAUAAUAUCUUGGUUGGAUUUGAGGACCGUUCAGUAAUCAAAAGUUUUGUCCGGUCGCAAGCGCUUAAUCCUAUGGCUCGCAAAGUCAAAGAUGAUCGAGUUGUCUAUAGAUCACACAACGAAUUUGGCCCACUGAAGUCUUUUGGCAUUCUCCCGAAAAUAGGCGAUUUCGGUCUCGCCCAACGGAUAGUCGAUUCGCGUCGCAAUAUUCAUCCUAUUCAGCCUGAUCACUACCGUGCACCUGAAGUGAUUAUCGGAAUAGGCUGGUCCUACAGUGCUGAUAUUUGGAAUCUCGGUGUUUUGAUUUGGAACUUGUUGGAGAAUAAAGAUCUAUUUGAAGGGAUUCAUUCAGAUAUUGGAAAGUACAAUUGUCAGGAACAUCUUGCGCAAAUGAUAGCACUUCUAGGUCCCCCCCCAAAGGAAUUUCUUGAUCGAGAAAUGGAAGCACGCAGCUGGAAAUGGGAGCCUCCUAUUGAAAAUCCUGACGGCAGAGUUUGUACAAGUGUUAAUGAAUACUUUGGAGGCCCUUUUUUUGACUCCCAUGGUAAGUUCUUAUAUAAAGAUCCGACCUUAGCAGGCCUUGAUCUUGGGGACAGUACUCCAUCUUUGCAAGGAGAAGAAAAAAAGCUGUUUUUGGAGUUCGUUGGUAAAAUGCUUCGGUGGGUGCCAGAGGACAGGAUGACAGCCAGAGAGCUCCUUGGAGACCCGUGGCUCCUCCGAGAUGCACCAUCAAAGAGGUAAAACUUUUUUGGGCUAUUUCGGGUUGCGUUGAAGACUUCCGUUGGACCUCGAUGAGGAGGCAGUGAGCGAGGUCCUUUCAACUCCCCUUUCCAUCUAAUUAUAUAAAAAUACAUCACACAACAUGGAGGAAUGUGAGGUAAACCUUAU